AUGUCGAUCGGCCGAGUGCUAUCCGACCCGUCGGCCGAUCAAAUCUUCUUCGACAGCCCGUCGGAGUCGAAUCUGGGAAAUUCGCUCGUGGACAGGGCGCCGGAGACCCAAAAAACUGGAGACGUUCGGCACAUGGUGGACCUGAGCCUGGAGUGCGACGUCGAAGCCUCAUCUCGGCAAGCGAUGGUCGUCUGCCUGACCGACGGUAGCCCGGAGACGUUUUGGGAAUGUGGAGAAGAGGACAAAAGUCGAGCACGAGCCCUGACGCUCACCUUCCGCGGCAAUGGCACCACGCCCGUCCUGUUGGCCAUCUUCUUCGACAACGUGCGCGACGAGAUGUUCAGAACCAACGCCGUCCAGAUCCGAGCCAUGCUCCCCGACGGCUCGAAGCGCAAUUUGCAUACGCAGCAGCUGGACGUGCAAUUCGUCGGCUGGGUGAAGGCGUGCGUUUUCGGAGCGCAACAGGCCCAAAUUAUCCUCCGCGGGCCGUAUCCGGCGCAAAGGAUUCGACAGGCAUUUUCCGAUGAGAUGGCCGAGGAGCAGCACGGGACUUUGAGACAGCGGGUUAUCGAUUUGUUGUUUAGUCGAGUCCAGUUGCAACCGCUUCAAACACACGUCUGCACCCAGAUUGCGAACGCCUUGGAGAGAGAAGUCAUAUCGCUGCGGGACCGCGGCAAGCGCAACUACUCGUACGCCUGCGGGCUGAUGCAUAUAUUGACGCGGAUCUGCGCCUCGAGAAAAGGCACAGAGGUCUUUUCCGCCCGCAACUAUCUGCUGCUCACCCUCUCCGAGUUGCUGCUCUUUUCUCCACAGGUCGUACAGUGUCAAAUCCUGGAGACCAUAGAAAAGCUGCUGGGCGUCUUCUCCCCAUCGCAGACAACAAAGGGCAACGACCCGGAGCCGUUCUGCGAGAACCACGACGACGGGCGGACACUGGCCCAGGUGUACUGCGAGGUGUGUCGCAGCAAUCUAUGCAGGGACUGCUUCUCCAUCCUUCACCUCAACAAGAAGAACCGCAGUCAUGAGGUGCGGCUGCUCGGAUCGUCGAAUUCCGCUCCACAGGUGGAGAUACACGACGGAUGCUCCAGGCUUAGGCUUCCGAAUAUGCUGGUACUCUUCCACGGCCAAACCCUGAACGGCUUGGUAGAGUUGAGCGUUGAUCCAUUGUUCCCCACCGGCUCUUCAUUCCACAAUCGUCCGCUGGCCUCCCAGAAUCCAUCAGCAUCCACGCAUCUACCCUCAAACAAGUGCCGCUUCUGCGAGGCGCCACUUAGCGGAGAGACCCAGGUGCUAGAAGGCGUCUGCGGCCACACCGAGUGCCAAGAGUUCAACCGGAUCGCCUGCCAGAAAUCUCUGCCCUGUGGCCAUCGUUGUUGCGGAAUCGCCGGCGAGGAAUCAUGUCUGGAAUGUAUGCAGUGUCCACGUGAAGGAACUUCCCAAGAUGGCGAUGACGUGUGCGUCAUCUGCUUCACCGACCGUCUAGGCGCCGCUCCGUGCAUCAAAAUAGAGUGCGGCCACAUCUUCCACUAUGCCUGCGUGCGGGCCGUGCUCGAGAAGCGGUGGAACGGGCCCCGCAUCCUCUUCCGCUUCAUGAAUUGCCCGCUAUGCAAUGGAGAGAUGGAGCACCCCGGAAUCCGAGACCUGAUUGAGCCGUUGAAAGCCCUAAAAACGGAAGUGCUCCAAAAAUCCAAAUUACGGCUUGAAUACGACGGGAUGAUGGACUGCCAGGCGGUUGUCUCGCCGAAUAGCGAAUUCUACAACCAGCCCGAGGCGUACGCGAUGGAGCGCUACGUGUACGUACAAUGUCACAAGUGUUCAAAGGCGUAUUUCGGAGGGGAAAGCCGAUGCCAGCUGCCGCUCGACUCGUCGCAGUACAACCCGGCCGAGCUGAUCUGCGGCGGCUGUUCGGACGUCACCGGGGCCCAGAUUUGCGGUCGGCACGGCGUCGAGUACCUCGAGUACAAAUGCCGGUACUGCUGCUCGAUUGCCGUGUAUUUUUGCUUCGGCACCACCCACUUUUGCGCGUCGUGCCACGACGAUUUUCAGCGGCUCGUCUCGUUGCCAAAGCAUCUGCUGCCCAAAUGCCCGGCAGGUCCGCGUGCCACCCAGCUCGAAGACGCCGCCGGAUGCCCGUUGAAACUCGAGCACCCGGCGACCGGCGAGGAGUUUGCGAUCGGCUGCGGGAUUUGUCGGAAUUUGAGCACUUUU